AUGCCAAUGAAACUCGACGGAAGCUGCCAGUGUGGUGGCAUCGAAUUCACCCUCCAAUCUCAAACCCCAGUACCCUAUCAGUUAUGCGCCUGUAGCAUCUGCCGCAAAGUCGGCGGCUACGGUGGCAGCGUGAACCUUGGCGGCAUCGCCGAUAGCCUCAAGGUGCUAAAGGGCCAAGACCUGAUCAAAAAAUACUGUGGAAUCAAAGACCGCGGAACUCCCAACGAAGAACUCUGCUCUUCAGAGCGUAACUUUUGCUCGAAUUGCAGUACCAUGUUGUGGCUGUGGGAUCAUCACUGGCCGGAAUUGAUUCAUCCAUUCGCUUCAGCUAUUGAUACUGAGCUGCCGGAGCCGGCUGAGAUGGUUUGUAUUAUGGAAAGUUCUAAGCCGACAUGGAUGCGGUGGCCGGAGGGGAAGAAGAGCACUCAUACCCUCUACAAUAAGGAUAGCCUGGAGGAGUGGCAUAAGAGGCAUGGGUAUUUUGUUGAGUGA